AUGUCCACGGCUCGAACGCCAAAGAAGUUUCUUGCAGCCGACAAGUGCCGGCUGUGUGGCAACCGCUUUCUGAGUUCUCAAAGCAAACACAAUUUGUUUCAAACGAGCCAGGAUCUCUGCACAAAGCUUCAGCAAGCUACCGGAUUAGACAUCAGCGACACAGAUGGCAUUUCACACUACGUAUGUGGUUCUUGUCGAAGCAGACUGCUGACUUUCGAACGCGAGUGCAACAAACUUGAAGCCACGAAGAAGUCCAUUACGUUGACAUACAAGAAGACAUUGUCCUGUUGGAGGUUCAAGAGAGGAGUCAUAGCGUCUCCAACAAGUUCAUGUACUGUCAAGAAAGCAGACCUGACGGCAAGUCCCCCGAUGGCUGGUGACGAAAGACCUUUCGUGAGAAACACUGCUGGUGCUGCAGUUCAUCGACCUUUCGUGCACAACGUCGCACGGUCCCUCUUCGAGGGAAACUUUGCUGCGAAGAAGUCUGUAACACUUCAUUGUGUACGUCGCGCAAUGGCUUUACCGCCUUCACGUAUUCCAGCGCCCAGUCGUAGUUCGCCUCAGCGACCACGAGCUUCAGCCAUUUUGGCGGCUGCACCGCCUCUGCCCACGCCGUCUUCGUCAAUGACAGCAGCUGAACAUACCUGUACUGCACUACUGACUCGGUUUGAGCCACCAGUAAAGCGGGGAUCUAUUCCCUCUACAUCAGAAUUUGCUAGGCUGCAUGUGCCCUUUUACACUAGAGUAACCGAAGGAGCUGUUGAUGAAACACCUGGUCAAACAGAUUCUUCAACUGAGUCCGUUCAGUCUAUAGUGAAGGUGCAGGUGAUUUACCCAUCCAAAACAUGUGAUGUCACCAUUUCAAACCAAUACCAUGGCCUGAGACGUGCUUUAGCCACUCUGAAGCCUGACAGGAUUGCUCUAGCUGCUCUGAAAAAUUCUGAUAGAAAUGUGCAGACCAUCUACUCACAGUUCAUUUCGCAACUCUUCUUUUUUGGUUGGGAACCUGAAGAAGGCUCAGAGCAGGAGGCACACUUAGAGACCUUAUGCUUUCAACUGACAGGAGACAACUUGGACAUUUCAAUCAAGACCAAGUACAUGACUAUUGACAGGAGAAACAAGUCUCUUCAUUGGUUCAAUAUGAUUGCUACAAACGAACGAAUUGUUGACUGCCAUCUGCCAACUGCAAGGCCUAGGUGUUCUAUUUUGUCUGUGCCAGACACUGCUUUUUUGCCGUCUUUGGAUGACCAUGCAUAUCUGAGAAAAGAAUUUGCAAUUAUGGUGGAGAGGAUCAUCACCAAGUACAUGCCUGGUUUCUCACAUUUUGCAAAAUAUGUUGUAAAUCAUAUUGAACACCAAUAUACCAAGCAAGCUAGUAAGAAGUCUAUACGAAACUGUUUGGGCCUACUUGAGUUUAAUGAAAAUAAACAGCAGGACAUGGUGAAAAUUUUAGAACAUGUAAAUCAAACAUAUGUUCCGUAUAGCUCUAUGUGGCAAGACGAGAGUGGCAGACAUACGUACUCUCAGCCUUUCGUGAGGAUGCAGUUUGGCGGUGACCAACUGACUGUAGAGAGAAUCCGGAGUUCUCAAUUGGCAGUCAUUAAUGGUGCAACAUCUUAUGAAAGGCUAGAGCGAGUAUUUACUCAUGCUGGGCAUUUUCACUGUAGCAUGAACUUUGUAAACCUUAUAUUUACAAAGUUUUAUGAUACUCAAAGUACAAAAGAUGUGGGAACUCUCUAUCAAUUAAGAAAUCGCCUUGACCGCAGGGACAUUGGAAGAGAUACCCAUAAGCGCUACCGAUCUUGUAGAUCAUUUGUAAAUGAUGUGUUGGAUGGAUAUAUUCUGGCAGCAGCUGUCACUCAUUUCAAAUUGAAGGAUUUUGACGAUUCACCUGUUCCUCCUGGGAUGCCUAAAUCACUGGAAGCAACGUGGUUUCACGGCGAAGUUUUAAGCAUGGUGGACAAGUAUGUUCUUCAGUGGAUAGAAACCAAGAAACAUGCUUCAGCCUUGAUCAGUGUUGUACAGUCUGGUUUCCCAGAAGUUACAGGACUAUCAGAAAGUACAGUUGUACAACCAUCCCUGACUACUGUGCCUUCUUGCAACAGUGUGCCUAGAGUGCGUGACAGCCAGCAAAUUGGAAUGACACCUACUAGUUUAGUAAAUUUGGCCCAUCAGUCAGCAAGCUUGAGAAGCUACCGUGGCAAUCUAUGGUCUCUCCUUGGAAGACUGAAAACUUUGCAGGUACAAAGACAACAGACAUCAUCACUUCCUGUGCAGACUGAAAUUGCUUGUGCAGUAAUGUCAGGAGAACAACAUGCAAUGAAGUCUCUAUACAGUGACAGUAGACAAUGUUCAGUAUUUACUCACGUUGAGAGUGAAAGCCAGCACUCUAUGCAGCAGCAACAACAUAGAUCAUGUAUUGAAGAAAAUGAGGCAGGAUUUUGGCUAUGUCGUGACCCUGAGUGUACUUUAGUGUUCCGGUCUAAGCUUGCUCGUUGUGAACAUGAAAGUAACGUGCAUCUACUACUCAUUUCUGACAAUGAUGAAUCAAAUAUUGACCAAACAGACAAAUCUCAUGAUUCAACUACUGCUGCUGAAGACAAAGUGUUUAAUUAUUUUUCUAAUUUUUUGAAAACGUCUCUUUUGGAACGAGAUUUUGAAGACGCAGUUUCAGAAAUGGAUGGGGAGAGGCUUCUACGUUUGUGGAAAUUCAAGUUUUUACACUUCAAAGAGACCAGAAGAACAAAGUAUGCUCUGGAAGCUUUCUGCUUUGUUGCUGACCAGAUGGCAUUGUUGAGCUGUAGUGAGGCACAUCGUCAGCUUUGGAACAGAGGCUUCAAUAUGCGUGGAGGGAUUGGCAAUAACAUUCCUUUAGACUUAAUGGUGGAGCAUAAUAACAACAUAGUCAAGGAACUGAUUGCUAAUCAAGGUGCUAAUGUCUCUUUUGCUUCAGCUCAGCUGGUAAGUCGUGCUUCACAAGGCGUCGAAGCUGUUCUUGACAAUUUGGAUAUGGCUCUACAAGUUCAUCGGGAGUCUGGGAACCAUGCUAGGAUUGAUAAGCAGAAAGAUGUGCGUUUGAUUGCCAAUGAAGCUUUGAGACAGAAUAUGAGUGCAUAUAGUCCUGGACGAGCAUACAAGACAUUUACAAAGAUGAAUCGAGAUGUCUUGCAAGGACUCACACCUAGCUCACUUCUAACUUGGAUUAGGAAGCAGAAGCAGAAGCUGCAUGGCCAAGAAGUGGAGCAUCCUGUUUCAAAUGUGACUGCAUAGGAAAUCUUGCUUGUUGUUUGAGUCUGUUUUAUUUUAUGUUUUACUUUUUCGAACACAUUUUGCUAGAAUAGGUUUAGUUUGGUAACUUCUAUAGUUUUAGUUAGGUUGUGGUAACUUCUUUUAUAGCUUUAGGUUUAGCUAAUUAGCUAUUGUGCAAGUGUCUACGUAUAGGUGCAACGUGCUGCAUGUGCAAUUAUAAGCCAGGCCAAUACAAUUAAUUAAUGCA